AUGGACGAGGUGCCUCCUGCUCGCGUGGACGAGUCGUGUCUCACCGAACAGCACCUGCGCAUCCUGCCCUUCCUGCUUCUUGGCGGCGGCGGCGACAGCCACUUCGAAGGAUCCGUCGUCCUGGGUCAUCCCCGCCAGGAGGAGGGAGUCCGUUGGGCGGCCCCGGCCCGGAUCGGCGCCUGGACGCCCACACUGGUCGAAGCUCUCCGAUGCGAGGAGAUCGUGGAGGUGGUUGCGGGCGACACCAACAGCGCAGCGAUAACGAGGUGUGGCCAGGUCUUCAUGUGGGGCUCGUGCCGGUCCUGCAUCGACCUGGCGUCGAACGACCCCACGAAGCCUACGCUCGUGGAGGCGCUGAGCGGCACUCCAAUCGCGGCCGUGGCGCUUGGCGAGUGCCACUGCCUGUUCCUGACCACCGAUGGCCUGGUCCUCUUGUGCGGCCUCGACUUGUAUGUACAGCCCGCACACACGUUGCGUGGCCACGCAAGUGGUGUGCCUCUGGGCCACCUGGGUCACCACAGCACUAACUGGGGUGGUUGA